UGGAGAGGAGAGGAGUGAGCAGCCAGGUGAGGCUUACUGUACUGUCAGCAGAACAAAGGUGGAACAGCACCAACAUACAGCGCGGCUCUCGGAGGUAGAUGCUUUAAUAGACUAUAGUUUUAAUAAUGGCUUUGACGCAAGAAUCCGUCCUGUGUGCGCUGAUAGCGGAGGGAGGCAAAGUGAAGAAAUCCGACUUAGUGGCGAAGUUCAAAGGUUUAAUAGACUGCGACGAUCCCGCAGAGAAACAACGGAACAGGGAACUGUUCAAGACUUUUGUCAACAGUCUCGCCGUCGUCAAGGAAAUCGACGGUGUCCGGUAUGUUGUCGUCAGGAAAAUGUAUCAGCAUUUACUGGAGGGUGCCCAGACUGAGCAGAGCCGUGUGGAAAACACUGAAAAUAAAGAGAUCCCGCAGACAGGUGAGCAGCAGCGCCCACCUGCGCAGACUGAGGAGACUGAUAAUGCACGAGGGGAAAGAUCAGCUGCUCCUGAACCUGAUCCAGAACAGGCAAGUGAAUGUGGUGAAAAUCCCACUGAUGAAAUGUCUCCCAUUCAGCAGGCGUUGCAAAGGUGCAGAUCCAUGGAUGUUAGAGUUAAAAGAACACUGAAUUUUGAGAUUAAAAAUCAGGGCACAAAUGAAGAUACUUGCAUACAAAGCUGGGCUGUAAAUAAGCCCACCAGCAUCCAGAACAAACCCUUUGCCUUGCCUCUGAGGAUGCCUCCCACUGCCACAAAGGUCGAGAUCCACAAACUGAAGGUGGACCCUCCUGAAAGCCCAAAACUGGACUCUUUUAGAAACAAAAGAAGGCCCCCUGCAGUGGAGACAGGCGGCUGCAUCAGCUCACCCCAGCUGAGAAGGUCAGUGAAGAGCACCAAGGCGUCAGAGGGGCCCAAAGAAACAGGAGUCCCCUCCUUGGUUCCCCUGGAGCAGUCAGAGCAUGAAUGGCUGGUGAAGUGCGCAGCCGGCCACUGGAGCCAAGUUUACGGCCUGCUGCUGAGAGACAACCAGCUGGCCGAGAAGAGGGACUUCAUGUCAGGGUUCACCGCUCUGCACUGGGCAGCCAAAUGUGGGAACAGCGAAAUGCUUGUGAAGAUUAUCGACCUAUCCAAGCAGGCCGGGGUUGACAUUGACAUUAAUGCAAAAACACACGGCGGAUACACUCCUUUGCACAUUGCCGCCCUGCACGACCAGGAGUACAUCAUGGCCAUGCUGGUGGGGGAGCACGGGGCCGAUAUAAGCAUCAGGGACAACUGUGGGAAGAGGGCCUACCACUAUCUGCACAAAGGCACUUCUGCGACUGUGCGAGAGAUGCUGGGUGAACCUAAAGCCAAGGAGGCCCAGGACAGGGCCCUGCAGGAGAAAGAUGAGAUGGACCUGGUCCCGGAUCUCUCCAAGGGCCUGUAUUCUAUAAGUCGUCUCUUCCAGCCCCAUGUGACGGGCCAUAAGAAGAAGCACAAGCAGAGGCCGGCAUUUUACUCCUUGAGCGAUGGCCCCAUUGAGGAGCGAGAAGACAGCAGCAGACACAGAGUUUUAUCAGAUGUUUUUAUGUGAACUCGUAACUCUUUCUUGUCUUAUAGUGUGCCAACCGCUAUAAAUGUGACUGACAGUCCUCUGAUUUUCAGACCCUCUUAAACAAAGACAAAAACACUUAAAAGAAAAUCAAUUACUUCUCUCUUGUUUCACAUUUAUAUUUUCUUGAUAUUUGAUGACCAAAACAAGGAUAUUUUAAUCAGCAUGGUUGACUGAUUCCAAGUUAGAGACAUAGAGUGUUAGUUUGAGAUGUUAUCUGUCUGAGUUGUAUCUUAAGGCAGGUGUGUAAACAUAACAUGAUUCAGAAAAUGCUCCAGUGAGUCCAGUGAGUCCAGUGAGUCGUCUCAUUGCUCACUGUCUACGGUCUCUUGAGGGCAACAUCUUCACAAUAAGAAGACUCACACUCACACAGCUUAAAAAUAUAACAGACAUUAUGUUUACUUUAUGUUUAAUAAUGAAUUCCCAAUUCUCAAAAUCAAGACGCACACAUCCAUAACUUGAUUUUUAAAUAUCUGUUCUCUAAAAAAUGUCUUCUUUGAAUCUAUUUCUGAUCAAAGUGAAUCAACACCAACAGGAAAUCAGUCUAUGAUAGAAAAAAGUCUCUGAAGUAGCAGAAAUAUCAAGACUGGACUUGUGUGUUUUCACCUCUGACUAACUGAGAUAAACCUGAGUAACAAAGUGGUCAUACUCUUGAUUUCCAGAGGCAAACACGCCCAGACAAAAAAACGAGGGUGUGCUUACUUAUGGGUGAAUCAAACCUCUGGAAGCAACACAACAAAUUAAUAAAUAAAAAUUGGAGAAAUGUUUGUGCCUCUGAGGAGGAUUUAGAGCACUUGCCUUUUCAUCACUUCACUUUAUCACAGAUUAAUUAUUAAACGCAGCGAAGCAUUAAGGAGCAGCAAACAUCCCACUGAAAAACCCUUAAAGAAAACAAACAUUUGAAUUCACUGGAUUAUCUUUUACAAGAUUAGGUAAAGGGUGUGUCAUUCAGUAAGAGGUGUGCAGGUGUUCCAUAAAUCGUUAUAGUCCCUGUAUGUGCCAAAACUUCUGUGAGACGUGGCUCAGAGCCAUCUUUCAUCUCACUGAGACAGCUGUGAUUCAGCUUCAUGAGCAGCAAACUGGGAAUGAGUGUGUGUGUUUGCAUGUAGGUGGUUGAAAGUGUGUUUUAAAGCUGCCUUGUUUCCUGCCUGUCAUGAUUCCUUGUUCUGGUUGACAAGAGAAGAAUAAAAGAAACGUUUUGAAUGUG